AUGAUAUCAGGAAAAAUGGUAAAAUCAGAUAACAAAGUGUGUGGUGUGUGUGGGGAUAAAGCUUUGGGUUUCAACUUCAAUGCUGUCACUUGUGAAAGCUGCAAAGCUUUUUUCAGGAGAAAUGCACUCAUUACCAAAGACUUCAGCUGCCCCUUCAACAACCAAUGUGAUAUAACAACAGUAACAAGACGGUUUUGCCAAAAAUGUAGGCUUGAUAAGUGUAUUGCAAUUGGAAUGUGCAAAGAUUUGAUAAUGUCUGAUCAUGACAAGGAAGCCAAGAGGCAAAAAAUUGAAGAAAACAAAGCUAAGAAACGAAAAGGUAAUAGUUUUAAGGCUGGCUUCAAGAAAAUGAAGAAAGAAAUAGUUGAGCCUGAUUCACAAAAAAGUGAAUGCUCCUCUAGUACUGUUUAUUCCAAGGGCAUUGCUACAGACACCAAUUCUCAAGAUGUUUUAUCAGAAGAUCUAGAAAAAGAUCUGGUACAUCCGAGGGUACAUCCAUUCUCUCAGAAAAAUCCAAAUACUGUCAGUGUUAUCAACUACAAUAGUUCUGUAAAUAACCCAAUAGAAAACUUGGAAAAUGUUUCUUCUCCAAAUGAGAGACUUGUUUCUUCAAGUGAUGAAGUUAUGAGUACACCAGUUUUUGAAGAACUGGAUAAAAAAUACAGUUCAGAUCAAUGUGAAGAUCAUAACCAAACUUGUUCAAGGACCAAGUUGAACAAUUAUGAUGUGAACUGCAAUAAUAACAGUGUUAAAUCAAAUAUUAUUCAUUCUGUCAAUCCAGAGAGUACAAAGGAACAACCCUCAAUUGAAAAUAUGACUCAAGAUAUCAUCAAUGAUGUUAGAAGGAUCUACUCUGUAGAACCAACAUCAAUAGAAUCCAUACUCUGUGAGGCAAUCAAAUUAGAAUUUGAAGCGUUUUCCUCCAUGGCUCAGUAUCGUUCCUCCAACUCCAGAGAGCUAAAUGACGCGGAACAGGCCAAGCUAAACGAACUAAUUGUUGCCAACAAGGCCACAAUGAUACCUGUCGAUAAUGAGUUGACAGAUCUCAUAGGUGACGAUAGUAAGUUUAAGCCUACCGCUACACAACAAAAAAUGGCUGCCGAUCCAGUGCUGGUUGACGUCAUCAACUUGACGGCGAUAGGCAUACGCAGGACCAUCAAAUUGGCGAAGAGGAUCAACGCCUUCAAAAACAUGUGCCAGGAAGAUCAAGUGGCCUUGUUGAAAGGGGGAUGUACGGAGAUCAUGUUAUUGAGGAGUGCCAUGAAUUAUGAUAAAAAUAAGCAAUCCUGGCAUAUUCCACAUAGUAUAGAAGCUCUGAAUGUAAACGCCGAUGUAUUGAAGUUAGCCAAAGGCAAUAUUUAUAAUGAACAUGCGAGAUUCAUAACAACAUUCGAUCCAAAAUGGAUAUGUGAUGAAAAUUUGAUCUUGAUACUAUGUGCCAUAGUUUUGUUCACGCCAGAUCGCCCUAGAGUGGUACAUCAAGAUGUCAUCAAACUAGAGCAGAAUUCGUACUAUUAUCUGUUGAGAAGAUACCUUGAGAGCAUAUAUCCUGGUUGUGAGGCGAAAUCGACUUUCUUGAAGUUGAUACAAAAAAUGGCGGAACUACAUAAAGUCAACGAUGAGCUAAUAAGUGUAUACCUUGAUGUGAACCCUUCCCAAAUAGAACCAUUGCUCAUAGAAAUGUUCGACCUGAAGCACUGAUUUUUAAAAAUGGAACGCCGAAUUUCUUAUGAAAAACGAUGGUUUGAAACCCAGGCACUAAUCCUUUGUAAUUAAAUGGAAUUUGCUCAGAAAGCACAAGACAUAAUUACUUAGGGUAAGGUACAAAUUAGAAGUUUAAGACAAGCUAACUGAAUAGAUUUUGCUCAGCUGCAUGGAUCACCACAUAUAAUGUGAAAAAAAAAUGCAAUUUUCUUGAGAAUAUUUCAACGAUUUAUUGCACUCUUUAGUGUAUCUAGAAUAGAUGAUAUCGGGAAGUAAACCAACGGCUGGCAGCUCAAGCACGAAACAGUAUUCGUUCGUUUUGAACACGGAUAUUCCAAAUUCAUGUAAUUGGGUGGUUGAAUGAGAAAAGCAAUGAAUAAUCGAAGAGUACCGAAACUUUCCUGAACUGAAAGACAACGGUUUUUUCAUAAAUCGGUUCUUAACAAUAAUGAGAAGAUAUAUUGGUGUGGACUCAAAUUUGAAUUCAAAGCUAAUAAUCAACUUAACAGAUGGAGCAAAUAUCGAGAAAUACCUAAAAACUAUUGUAUAUUGGCAAAUCAUUAAAUUAUUCUGUGUGUCUUUCUUCCAGUGUGACCACCCCUCAUGUUUUGGAGUAGAAUGAUCGAUCCAUUUUCUAUAAUAGGUCAAUCUCUCAGUUUUUAACAAAUUAAUUUAUCUCAAUUUGGUAGAGAAACAUAUUUUCUUACAAGGAACUUAUCAACAUUAUUAUAAAAUGAAUUCGACAUACUCUGAAUUUAAAUCUAAACAUCAUUUCACCAUAAACGUAAUUUCAUGCUCAUUUCCCCAAGCAAGAGGGAAUUUGUUUAGUUACUAUGGUAUUGAUACAAAAUACAGGCUUUUGAUGGGUCGAAAAUGUUAGGUGUGAAAUUUUCAUGAAAAUUGACUCUGACACCGACAUCAAUUCUCAUCCUCCUAGUUUGGAAACAAUUUUGGUCACAAGAGACCAAUUAAAAUCAAUUCACGAAACAUCUGGUAGGUCUGCUCUUUGGGCAGUAUAUUUGUUAAACCGUUCAUUCUACUGCAAAAUACGAGAAUGGUCACACUGUAUAUAGUUCGAAUUCUCAAUUUAAGUUGAACACAUUUCAUCCAAAAUAAUUAGUACAUUUUUUCAUAAUUUUCUCAUACCAAUUACCAGAUAUUUGGAUUUUCAUGAUGAUGAAAAUAUCCACAAAACCAUAAGUUUUUUCAAUUUCUUCUAUUUUGGGACAUUUGGUGCAAUUGUAGAAUGUUAGAAUCCUAGAAUGUAGGAAUCCAUAAACUCUAUUCGAGGUUAACGACACCUUAGGUGAAUAUGGAUCAGUGAGAAAAAAAAGGUUUCUUCUAGUUAUUUAAUCAAUCAAUCAAAACUUUCAAGCAAUAUAUUUUUAUAUUGUCGUACUCUAUUGAGUUAGUAUGCAUAUAUAAUUGGUCAAUCACAAAAUGUUCUUGAUUGAAUGCAAUAAUACAAUUAAGAAUAUGUGAUAAGAUCUGUUUUCCUGUUGGUGUGUAAGAGAACAAUGAGUUUAUAAAUUGCGCUCGAUUUUCCGUAGCAACUGUGAUGUUUUUUUUCUACCUUAUUUCUCUUGGUUCCCACGAUGUUCUCUGAACAUUACAGAAUAUCCCUUCUCGUGAGAACCAGAACCAUAAAAUGAACGAAAGGGAAUUUCAAUCAUAUUCAUGGAACCUCGAACGUAUCUAGGGAUGAUAGUAGUUUUAGAAUAAGCAGCCUCUUGUAGAGUACCAACAUAGAUUUGACGUUUUUUAUGGUUUUGUAAUAUACCGGUUGUCCCAGUAUACCAAUUCCAACGAAGAACCUUCCUUCAAUUUGAGGUAAAUAUAACUAAAAUAACUUUCCGUAGACACUUCUGGUUUGACCCCUAUAUUUUUCUCACUUCUUGAUUUCCACCCUGUUGGAACAGGGGUAUUGGUACACCCAGUAUAGAAUACUAGGCUCCGUACUCUAGCCUCUACAAGUCUACAUGCAUAUUUUUUGUUUUGGCUUCCAUGAGUUGCCCACGCAAAAUCGUUAAUCGAAUAUUUUUAUAGAUAAUCCUUCAUAAGGUUUUCGAUUGUAUUUGUUACCCUGCUAUAUUUUCUUUGUUUGUGACAAAACAAAAUUAUUAGAAUCCAAUUGUACUCAUUUUAUGUUCAUAUAUAAUCUGGAUGUAUCAUUUCUGUAGGAUGACAAUUUUUGGAUGCGCCACUUGGUUUUUUUGGAGACUACACUUUUUAGACUACCAAUGGUAGGAUUCUGAAGGUUCUUCCCUAUCCUCUCUGUUUGUAUCCUUGAGGAAAAUAUCGUUGAAAACUAAAUCAGUACGCCGGUAAACGCAGUGGGCUUAUGAAAUCCAACAUUGGAUGUUGGGCAAAAAUGAAGGAAUUUUGUUCCGUACCUACUUAACAUUACGCAUCGUCUUUUAUUUUCAAUUAAAAAAUCAUUGAAGGCUGUCUUCAUCAUUUACCAACCUGAAUAAAUACGGCGUUUGUAUUUAUUUGAAAGAAUCACUUAUGGGAAUCCUGAUUGGCGAUGAAUAAAAAUUUCCGCAUGUUUCAUCAAAAACUAAUCAAAGUGCUUCGUUUAUUUGCUAUUUCAUCAGGUUGCUUGAAAAAAAAAAAAUGCAAUCGAUGACGUCACAGUGUCGCCAUAUUGAUUUUCCUGCGCCACCAUUUUGAAAUCAAAGAUCCACUUGUGUUAUAUCAUUGAAAAGGGAUUAUUUCGCUCUAUCGAAUGGCGUGAAAAUAUAUGCAGGGUUCCGUUCAAAAUUCUUGACCUGAGUCAAUUUCCGUUGAAACCGUGAACAGUUUUAACAGAUAAUUCUAUGCGCAGCUGAAAACGAUCGGUCUGCUUCUGGCACUUUGAUGGGAUACAAAACAAAAAACGCGUGUGCUAGCCUAUUAUUAUCUUCAUUAUAAAUAAAAUAGUUACAUGGUAUUACUACGAUAUUUACUGAAGUAUCUUCAAUAAUCCAGCAGAAUAAUGAUGUCUCUGUUUAUCACUUAGAAGUUGGAAUGAACAGUUACGACUUGUCAAAUGAUGUGUCAAAUUACUCAUAUUUCUCAAUGUAUUCGUUGAUGUCAAGAAGAGGAGAUGAGCUUUUAGCGUCUACUCCAAAGGAGAGAACUGAAAUUUCAGCUGGGAUAUUAGAAAUAAUGUAUAUGUAUACAAUAACUAUCGAGGUGGUAAAAAAAUAUCUUGACUGUUGACAUGCAUUCCUAUAUAAAUGAUGGUCUCAUUAACUAAAGCUUUAUUCAAUAUAGGAUUCGAGGUGAAAGUAAGAAUAGCCUAUAUUUAAUUCUAUUCAGAUAUAUUUUAGUUUCCAUAUACAACCAAAUUUUUUAUUUUUACUCUUCAUAAUAAUUGGCAAUUAGAUUUACACCAAAUUAACUCACCGGCAAUAUAAUCGGUCCAAUCGACGAAGUUUGCUAAUAAAUAAUUCCGUUAAUUCAAGUACAAUUUGAUAAUUAGUUUCAUUAUAGCAUAGGUGAAUUUAUAAGGAAUCAGACAGAAGUUUCAAAAUUCAUGAUAAUCAGUUUUUUAUACAUAAAAAGCGCCUUCUUACAUCAACUUUGAAACAAUCUGUAGAGAGUUAUACACCUACUGGCUGUCGUGGCUCCUUUAUUCAAUGUGACCAAGUCCAUCUGAGCUUGAUAACUAUGCCACACCAUUAAUCACUCUAGACGAACUUUAUUUCUACCAUAUGCAGAAAUGUUACGUUUUUUCACAACCCUUGUAGCUUUCUCAAAGUUAUAGUUAUUGUAACAAAGAAGAAAAUGUAAGGAAUAGAUGUAGUUUGAUAACAAAAUAGAAAUCACAAGGUUGACCACUGAGAUUAUUUUGAAACUAGAAUAAAAGGGCGCGUCAGUGUCACUUUGCAUGAUAUGGAGAUGUGCUUAAUCUUCAAAUAUCAAACUGAUGUCAGAUACUUAUGAUAUAAAGAAAAGAAUGAUCAAAUCGGACUUCAUCGAUGUUUUGGGUGGAUCGAUCAUUUUGCUGGUUAGUCUUUUUUCAAUAAUGAGUACCUAGUCUUGAAAAUACACCAAGUGUCAAAACAAAACAUCAUCGAUUUUUUUAUACUUGCAUAUGUAUUGUUCAGUAUUUCUGAUUUGAUUGACAUUGAUGCGUAAGUGAUGUUUCAACAACUGAAAUACAUAAUUCAAGCUCCAACGUUCUAUUUUGUCUCAUCCAGUUCAUAAUAGAAAGAAAGAUUUUGACUUAGUGUAUUUCCAGGACUUUACGUCCUUAUGACAAUUUUCAUCAUUCCUAACAUUUUGUCUUAUCAGAUUGAGAAGCUACCACUGUGUUUCACUAUUGGUUAUAUUUAUUUUCCUUAUACGGAGCUUGCAGUGUCACCAAUAAAGUGUGCAUUGAAUUGGUUGAAAUUGUAUUUUGCUAAAAGAUUUUGAUUCAAAAAUCAUUUCGUUUGUGAUAUCAGAAAAUCCUAGAGUUUUUUCAUCAUUAUUUUCGGACACAGUAUAAUUUUUUUUUUCAAAAUGGGUUGAGAGAUGUCUAUCAAAUAAUUGCACAAUGACAUUGAAAAAUUCUCCUAAUGUUUACAUAAUUCACAUUUCGAUGUAUUUCUCAUUUGAUGCACAUUAAAUUGAUGACACUAUAUUGUUUGACUAAAAUGUUGUUUUUUGUAGCCAAUUAUUACUAUUGAAAUUUUAUUUAACUGAAUAAAAUAUAUUUUUACAUC